GGAGGAGUGAGGAACUGAUCCUCUCUGGCGGCGUGACAUCUCGCUUGAAAACAUCACUGAAGAAAACACUUCAUAUUUGUCGGACGUGCUUAUUAUGUUCUUGUAAUAUCUGCGUAUAGUUUGUACGUUUGUUAUCAACCAGCUUUGAGGGAAAUAUACCCAGAUAAUACGCAUUAAAGAUGAGCAACAUAUAUAUUCAAGAGCCACCCACGAAUGGAAAGGUCUUGCUGAAGACCUCGGCAGGUGAUAUUGAUAUAGAGCUGUGGUCGAAGGAAGCUCCCAAGGCAUGCAGGAACUUCACUCAGCUCUGUAUGGAGGGUUACUAUGAUGGCACAAUCUUUCAUCGUGUGGUGCCAGAGUUCAUUGUUCAGGGAGGAGAUCCGACAGGCACUGGGACCGGGGGGGAGUCCAUCUAUGGGCGCCCUUUCAAGGAUGAAUUUCACACCAGACUGCGCUUCAAUCGGAGAGGUUUGGUUGCGAUGGCAAACGCAGGGCCUCAUGAUAACGGGAGCCAGUUCUUCUUUACUCUCGGACGGGCCGAUGAGCUCAACAACAAACACACCAUUUUUGGAAAGGUCACAGGAGACACGGUGUAUAACUUGCUAAGGUUAGCAGAGGUGGAGUGUGACAAAGACGAGCGGCCGCUCAACCCACACAAGAUUCGAUCCUCAGAGGUCUUACAUUCUCCCUUCGAUGACAUCAUUCCACGUGAAAUUAAAGUUAAAAAAGAGAAAAACAAAGGAGAAGGGAAGAAAUCACAGUCCAAAGCAACAAAGAAUUUCAACCUGUUGUCGUUUGGCGAGGAGGCUGAGGAAGAUGAGGAGAUGGUCAAUCAAGUCAGCCAGACCUUGAAAGGAAAAAGCAAAAGCAGUCAUGACCUGCUGAAGGAUGAUCCCAAGUUGAGCUCUGUUCCUGUCGUCGACAGUAACCAAAGUGGCGGAGAUGAUUCUGAGGAUGCAGGUGAUGAUUCAGAGGACGACAGCGAGCGUGAAGCAGAGAGAGAGAGGAUCCGAGAGAACAUCUCACAGAAACUAAAGAAAGACAAGACGGAGGAGAAGGCGUCCAAUCCAGACACGCUGAAGAAGACUUCACGCAGGUAUGCCGUUCAUCUUGGACAACCCCGAUCUUGCUUCUGAAUGGUUUAGCUCUAACA